AUGAGGGGUGGAAGUUCUGAACGUUUGGUCGUGCGGUCUUCGCGCCGGAGGGGCGAAACGCGUGCAAAAUUGACAAGAUACAUCACUGUUAUGCUAGCAGCUCUGCUUGGAGGAGGUGGUUCUGCUCUUCUCUUCCUAGUGCCCCUCUACGCCGACCCUGCUUUGAGUGCUUUAGCAGCUGACUUCGACCCCGUCCCGGCUGAAUGUGUAACUGAAAGACGUGAUGAUAGACUCGGCUUAGACAAUUGUACAUGGGCAUCUUGUAGAGAAGGCUGCACCAGUGACGCAUACAAAUGUAUCCAAUUGCAUGUGAAAUAUAAAGCGCAAGCCGAAGAUUGGCGUCCUGCAGUUCUGUUUGUGAAUAUUAAAGGCUGUGGAUAUCCUCCAGCGGUAAACUGCGAGAACUUCACUCUGAGCUAUGGAUAUGUGGGAGCAAGGUAUCCUUGCUACUGGUCUAGGGCUGAUACAGCAGUCGUAGUCCCGAGGUGGUCUCGUGGAGAACAGGUAGCGACAGUAACGAGGACAUUGGCCAUCCCACUGUUUUUGUCCGGCUGUGCUGGAAUUGGCUUGUGUGCAUUACAUUGCGAGUGUAGACCUAGACGACGAAGACGCCCCCCACGCAGGCCUCCACGCUUACCAACCCUGACCCUCGACGACACAGCAGUGUACCGACUUGCC